UGAGAAGUCCAGUCUUCCACAUCUUUGGCAGCAGUCAACAGAGUCCACAAAGUUUUCAUUAUACCCAUUUUAAUGACUAUAUAAUGAUACAUAUUGUGGUUUUAACUAACAUUUCCCAGGAAACAGUCCAGUAAAACCAGUACAAAAUGAACAACAAAAUGCUUUCCUCCAUAGUGGGCCUUUUCUCUGUCCUCAGCACCAUCCAGUUCCUCAUCUUCGACGUGAACCAGAUUUCCUACAUUGGCAGCGACAACAGGUAUAACAUAUACCUGGAAACAAGGUCCUGGUCAUUCCUUGAAUUCAUGGCCCACAGGAAGGCCAUUAGCAUUGGCCUCUCGAUCAUCACCAUCAUAAUAAGCAUCUCACUUCUCUACUGCCUCCACGUGAAUCACUACAUAGGUCUGCUGUGCUAUGCCCUGUGGAUCAUUGUCUAUGAGUUUACCAACUUUGCCCUAGUCCUGCUCAUCAUCGGGAGUAUUCGGGACCUCUUCAGGGAACUGAGUUACCUGCUCUUGUUCUUCCAAAUCUCCCGCAUGCUUCUGCAUUUCCUCUUCCUUCCUUUUGUCUUCAAGUACGCCUACCAACUUUACAAUGAGUGCAAGACCACCAUUCAAAUAGGACGCCGCAAGCGCUCCUCCAGCAGUAUAGUUGACCAGUGGACACCUGUAGGGCCAAGGACCCUGUACCGCAAGUCAAACUGAACUGCGCCACUGAGAAGAGAGAGAGGCACAGUGCUCCCCAACAUGGAGUCCCGCUUUCCCUGCCUGCCUUCUGUUGGAUUGUGUUUGCCUGUGGGGGGUUCUGAUUGUAAAAGUGAUUCUCUGGGGAGGGAAGGUUAGCAUGUGUGUGUGUUGGCAGCUUGCUUACAGUGUUUAGUCCUCUGCUGCCUUUGUGCUUACUUUCUCAUCUCACUGCUGUGUGCUGUUGAUUCCUUGUCCCUUCCUCUCUGCACACCCUUAGCUUCUAGAUUUUCUCUUGUGAAUUGCCCCAAAGAUGUGGGGUUCUGCGGAGUCCUGCUGGAGCUGGACUACCCAAUAAACCUGUCUGUACUGAUGGAGAA